UCUGGUCUAUGUGAACGUCAUAUCAAGUACAUUUAAUUAGCUGUGGGAUUGUGGAAUAGUGUACCUGUUUCGCAUGUUUUGCAUCACACAAGUGUGCGUUUGUAGUAUUUGUACCUGUUCGUGUUCUAUCACCUUUUACUACAAUACUUGGUGAUGAUGCCAGCUUUUGUCUAAUUGUUUAAGGAGUGCUAAUAUUGUGUCUCACUAAGGUCGGCAUUGACAUCAGUAUCUACAGAUACGUGAGUUAAUGACAGGACGAUAUUAACGGAUGUACGGAUUUUUGUCAUGAUUUGUCACAAUGGGAUUAACGUAUUUAGAAUGAUAAGCAUAUUCACCCUGUGACAUUACUUCAUCUGUGAUUGACAUAUGAAACCGAGAACUAAAUCAUAUACUUACGGUUCAAAUGUUAAGCGCUAGCUGCAAUGCAAUACAGAAGAUAAUUACAGAAUAAGUGACACCGAGAUUUGAAUUUUACAUCUAUGUGUCAACUAGACUUUAUUGUAAUUCUGUAACGACACAGGAUCCAUAUCAACUCUGCUGUUUGUUCUCGUCUACGUAUACUAUUCAGACAUUAAUCUGUCGUCUGGCGUAAAUGCAGGUUCCCGCGAUAUUUCUUGUGGGAUAAUUCUCUGAAAUCGACAUCUGUCGUCUGCAAUUCUCGCGUGCAACUUAUAACAAAUCUGUGAGUUACAGAAAAUCAAAAGAGACCUUAUCGCCUGCUUCAUAAAAGAGCGUUUGGUUAUAAAUACUUAAAAGGGAUUUAACAACUCUUAACAUCGAUCAUUGUAAAACGUUCCAAAAUGGCUCUGGAGGAAAUACGUGCAGAAUUAGGUGGAAAAUGGAAACUGGAUAGAAGUGAGAAUUUUGAUGAAGUCCUAAAGGAAUUGGGGUUGAACAUAGUGUUCCGGAAGAUGGCUGCUGUAGCCAAACCUGUUAUAGAAUUCACCGUUGAAGAUAACGUUGUAAAUCUCAUAUCAAAAGUCAGCUUCUUCAACCAAGUAAUGACCUUUAAACUUAACGAAGAGUACACACAGAGCUUUGAGGGGUUAGAUAUGAAUUGUUAUUCAAGGUGGGAAGACAAAAAACUGAUAACGGACGCCAAACCCGUGGUAGAAGGGAAAGGGAAACCUCAGCGAUUCCAGAGGGAGAGGAUUAAUGAUGAACUAGUACAGACAAUGACUGUCGGUGAUGUGGUUUGCACGAGAGUAUUUACAAGGGUUAACUGAGAGAGACGAAUUACUUUGACCACAGAAUCAGCCGAGUUACGUCCGAUAAUGCUGAUAUACGAGUUAUCUCCCUUUAACAGCCACCUACCGAUAAGAACUUCAGGAUUUCAACAAAAAACAUAGUUCUUCGUUACAAUUUGUUCCAUAUGUACGUUGUUUUUUUUAAACAAAAUGAAAAUCCAAAAAUUCAUAUUUAUAUCGUAAAACAUAUAAUAUUGAUGGAUAUUUAUACAAAAACAUUAAGGUUGAAGUGGCACAAUAAGGUUUUCGCUUACGAUAAUAGAGACCAACUGUUUGCAAUAUUUUUGCUAUUUUUUUUUUUUUAGAUUUUUUUUAGAUUUUUUGUACGUAAAACUAUAACGAAAUAAUGACGAUAAGACAAAGGUUAGUGUUGUCUGACUCGUUUACAAUACCUUAACAUGCAUAUGUCUGCAUUACAAAGUGUAAUUCUACACGUAAUAGACUUUGUGACUUACCAACACUCACCAAUUUUUUUCAGGGAGUAGUCUGGCCUUUUAUUUCUCCUAACCCCAAUUUUGGUGUCCUUAGAUUCUGUAUAUGACAUAAGAUAUUGUAUUUAUAAAACUGAAUAAGUUUUUUUCAUUUUUAUUUUUUUGUGGGAAGAGCGUUUAUGAAGGUUUCACAAGGACACAACAGGAACAAACGUUAAUUUCAGUUUAUCUAUAAUUUAUGGCUAUGCUUUCUUUUCAAUUGUUCAGAAAUUCGAUCGUGAUAAGUAACAGACUUUUAAAUACAUGGUAUAGCUUACAUUGUGUAAUGUUGGGAUGGUAAGAUUUAUCCUCCAAAAACCCAGAUAUAGAGUUCCAAUGUCUGAUAUUUGGUUAUUAAAAGUGUCCAGAUAUAAAGAAUUCCAAUGUAUGAUAUUUGGUAUAUACCUUUAAGAUAUUCGUUAUUAAAAGUGUCCAGAUAUAAAGAAUUCCAAUGUCAGACAAUAAGUAUGUACUUGUAAUUUUCCGAUAUUCGAUUUUAAAAGUGUCUGGAUAUGUAUGGUUUCAGCUUUUUAUGUCAUAGAUUCAGUUCAAUAAAUAGUUCUUACGUGAAAAUAAACCGAAUAUAACAGAUAACUAUGUCAAACGUUCCUGACUCGGCCAUGUUAAAACGGUAAACGUGAGGAGUUAAUUAAUCCGAUGUAACACGUAUUCCGAUCUCUGAUCCGGAUAUAUACGAUUCAUAAUUCAGAUCCAUUAGUGUCCCUAUUGGUACAUUUCCUAGGUCUAGUGUUAAAGUGUCCACAUUCGCAUAGUUCCUAGGUAUGCUGUAGUGAUAUCCAGACUUGCACAAAUCGUGGGCCUGAUGUUAAGCAGUUCAGAUAACUAUGGUUCCUGAUAUAAACGUGAAAGUGUCCAGAUUCAAUGGACCCUGGGUUUGAUGUAAUACUGUCCAGAUUCAUGUAGAUCCUUAUCCGGUUCCUAGGGCUGGUGUAAAAGUGUUUAUAUUAAGAUAGUUCCGAUGCCUGCUAAAUCCAUCCAUACACAGUUCGGAAGUCAGACUUGGAAAUGUCAGGAUAUGUACCAUUCAUGUUACUUGACUUUAUAAUAACCAGACAUGUUCAGUUCAUAUUAUUUCAUGUAAAAGGGUCGAAAUACACGUGAACAUGUUUUAAAGAAUCUAAUGUUUAUUGUUUUUUUCCGUACGUGGAUAUACCGGUAUUUGGACAUCUACAGAAUUAGUCAUUUCAAUUUUAACAGCGCGAUAAAAUGAUGACAUGAAAUAAAAACAUUAAAAUAAAUAUCCGAAACGCAAAUCUUUCACACUUAAACGAUCAAUAAUAUGUGUCAGAAAUAUCCGAAACGCAAACAUGACAACGAUCAAUGAUAUGAAUAAUUUGUGUCUGACGUAAUAUUUACUCAAUAUCAAAUCAAACAAGUCGCAAUUUGUUUUACUUGACAAGUUAACAUAACAAAUAAAAACUUAGUAAUGCUUGUAUGUUAUACAUAAGUAUUACAAUAUGAUGAUAUUGCUGUUUGCGAUACUGACAUCGGGUACAUGAAAAACAUCUGUACACAAAUAUAUGUAUGUAUUGCUUCGUUUGUAACGCUAGCCUUGGCCUGUUGUGUCUUACUUGUACUGUAUCAUUACCAUAAUUUUCUAAAGAUCUUUACAAAUUUAUAUUUAAACCUAUUAUCAUAAAUUCAUUCUUAUGACAAUAUUUGGUACAGUUAACUGUACAUGGUAUAAGUUCAUCUGGCUUAAAAGCUUUUUAUCUGUUCUUGGUAUUCUAUGUAGUGUGUAUCUGUCUAGUUACAUGUGUCCUGAUUACAGUCAUGGUCAAUUUAAUGCGACUACAUGUCAAAGAUAAAUAUUAUACCAUAAUUAUCUUUAGUCCAAGCACAGUGAACGCUUCAUAUCUGUUAUCCUAAACAUGACAAAUGCUUCUUACGUCGCGUCAUGAAUAAUAGCGUACCUGACACUUGGAUUGACCUAGAUUUACACGGCGGAUGAAGCAAAAAUAUUCUCACCAUUCUGGAACACCUGGUCUUAAUCUCCUUGUACUUGUUCAGGAGUCUCCGUGUAAAUCUUUUGUUUAUAUUUCACCCUAUUUGCAUUGUAAUUUUAAUUAAAAUUCUUCUGUCGACAGGUCGGUUAUUUUCCUAUUUGUGUUAUUAGACAGGUUACUAAAUAUUGAAAGGGGGGAACUUACAUGCUUCUUAUGCUAAUUGCGUUGUUAUUGUGUGAACUGUACCAAGCUUAUAAAAAGUAUUGCAGAAUAGAUUUCAAACUUUUUUUUUAAACUUUUAUCAUUAAAAAUCUUAAUUCUAGAUACUACAGGAGAUAUAUAGUUCUCUUUCAUAAGACGGUUGUUUUGUCAAUAAACAUCAGGCCCUUAUACAAUUUAUCUAAAUUUUAAAAAAAAAAUCAUAUCAUUAAAAAUCACACAAAUUAUUAAUCUCAGGUAAGAUUACCCUUGGAAGAUCUAAUAUCUACAAUGUAUUAAAAAUGUACUUCACGUCAGUAUUACACAGGUUAUAUAAACUGUUGUUGACAGAAAUCUUUGGUCAGGAUUGUCUUCCGGUUUUUUAAUUCAAGGGCAGAUAACCCCCUCUAAAAUGAAUUCAAUAGUACUUUUUUUGAAACAUAAAUUUGUUACUAGACAAACACAUAUAUGUCAGCGUCAAGAAUGACUCGGAGGAUGGAAUUAAAUUCCUGUUUGGACUCACUUUUGUUUGUAUCUAUUCGAUCAGCCCAAAUAUUUGUUACAAUCAAUUAUUUUGGUUAAUUUAUAUCAUCCCAUCAUAUCUCUGACAUGAAGGAUAUACAUAGUCGUCUCCUCUAACUUGGUGUUACAAGCGACAGACCUUAAUACUGUUGGUGUGGUAAGAUGCUUUGUGUUAAUAAAUAAGUGAUGUAGAAGUUA